UUGGCUGCAGCCUUAGCCCUGGGGCAGCACUCCUCUGUGUGCCCUGGAGAGAAUGGGGGCAGCCCUUAUGGGAGGGGGAUGAGGGCACAGGCUUGUGUGCUGGCCCCACCUGCCCUGUGCCCCUGCCUCGCGUGUGUGCCCACCUCACUGGAGAUGUGCCCCCAGGCGCUGCGGGUGAACGGCCUGGAGCAACUGUGCAACAACCUCGCCAGCGAGCGCCUGCAGCUCUUCUCCAGCCAGCUGCUGCUAGCCCAGGAGCAGGAGGAGUGUCAGCGGGAGUUGCUGCCCUGGGUGCCUGUCCCGCCAUCUCCAAGGGAGUCCUGCCUAGACCUCCUGGUAGACCAGCCCCACAGUCUCCUGAGGAUCCUGGAUGCCCAGACAUGGCUGUCCCAGGCCACAGACCACACCUUCCUCCAGAAGUGCCACUACCACCAUGGUGAUCACCCGAGCUAUGCCAAGCCCCAGCUGCCCCUGCCCAUCUUCACAGUGCGGCACUACGCCGGGACCGUCACCUACCAGGUUCACAAGUUUUUGAACAGAAACCGGGAUCAUCUGGAUCCUGCCGUGGUGGAGAUGCUUAGCCAGAGCCAGCUCCAGCUGGUGGGCAGCCUGUUCCAGGAAGCAGAGCCCCCACCCGGGGGAGGGCGAGGCAAGCCCACGCUGGCCUCUCGCUUCCAGCAGUCCCUGAGCAACCUCAUAGCCCAGCUGGGCAGGAGCCGCUUCUAUUUCAUCCAGUGCCUCAACCCCAACCGUGGAAAGCUUCCAGGCCUCUUUGACGUGGGACACGUGGCAGAGCAGCUGCACCAGGCGGGCAUCCUGGAGGUCAUAGGCACCCGCAGUGCCAGCUUCCCUGUGCGUUUGCCCUUCCAGGAGUUCCUGGCCAGGUUCCAGGCCCUGGGGACCGAGGGGCAGGAGGACCCCUCUGACCGGGAGAGGUGUGGUGCCAUCCUGAGCCAGGUGCUGGGGGCUGAGUCCUCGCUUUAUCACCUUGGAACCACCAAGGUCCUGCUGCGGGAGCAGGGCUGGCAGCAGCUGGAGCGGCUCUGUGCCCAGCAGCGCUCCCAGGCCCUGCUCACCCUGCACCGCCGCCUCCGUGCCUGCAUCUCCCGCCAGCACCUCCGCCUCCUGCCCCGAGUGCAGGCUCGUGUGCGUGGGCUCCAGGCCAGGAAGCGAUACCUCCGGCGGCGGGCAGCUCUGGGACAGCUGAGCACCAUCCUGCUGGUGGCCCGGCCCCUCCUCUGGAGAUGGCGGAGACGGCAGCCUGGGCAUUGGUGCGGCUGGCACAGCGGCAGGGCCCUGGGGAGAGUGCCAGUCAUGGAGCUGGGGCGCUUGGAGAUCCCAGCCGAGCUGGCUGUCAUGCUGAGGACAGCGGAAGGCCAUCAGGACACCCUGGCCAGGAGCAUUACUGAGUCCAUGCUCCCCGAAGUUUCUGUUCGGCCCAGCCUGACCCUCCCACCGGACAUUGACCGAUUCCCUUUCUCCAGCUUCGUCUCCACCAGCUUUCAGGAGCCAUCCUUGCCCAGCCUAGGGCAGCCACUGACCAAGCCCCUGACCCGCCUGGAGGGUGAGAACCCUCAGCAUGCCCUGGACAUCAACAAGGUGAUGCUGCGGCUCUUGGGGGACGGAUCCCUGCUGUCCUGGCAGAAACAGACCAUGGGCACAUACCUGGUGCGGCAGGGGCAGCGCCGGCCAGGGCUGCGGGACGAGAUCUUCUGCCAGUUGGUGGCCCAGCUCUGGCACAACCCGGAUGAGCAGCAGAGCCAGUGCGGUUGGGCCCUCAUGGCCAUCCUGCUCAGUGCCUUCCCCCCAAUGCCUGCCCUGCAGAAGCCACUGCUCAAAUUUGUGUCCGACCAGGCCCCCAAAGGCAUGGCAGCGCUAUGCCAGCACAAGCUGCUGGGGGCCCUGGAGCAAACACAGCUGGCCCCUGGGGCCGCACGGACCCACCCACCCACCCAGCUCGAGUGGAUGGCCGGAUGGCGGCGGGGUCGCAUGGUGCUGGACGUCUUCACCCCUGCAGAGGAGUGCUACUCAGCUGAGGUGGAAUCCUGGACCACAGGGGAGCAAUUUGCCGGGUGGAUCCUGCAGAGCAGAGGCCUGGAGGUGCCCCCCCGUGGCUGGUCCGUGUCACUGCACUCCGGGAACGCAUGGCAGGACUUGGCUGGCUGCGACUUUGUGCUGGACCUGAUCGGCCAGACCGAAGACCUGGGGGACCCAGCCAGUCCCCGCAGAUACCCUAUUGCCUUCCUCAGCUCAGCCGAAGACAUCCCCCCUGCCCCUGAUGUCCAGGCCCCCUCGCUGCCCCCAGGGUUCCCCCUAGGUCCAGUGCCAGUACUGCCCAGCAGAGGCCACACAGGUGAGGCCCGAAGGUUGGGGAGUCUGGAUGGCUUCCUGGACCACCUUUUCGAGCCAGUCUUCUCCCCGAGCCUUGGUGAUCUGGAACAAGGCAGGGCUCUGAGGGGCCGCAUGAAGGGAGGGGGAGCUAUCGGGCCUAUGCAGCAGGGCUACCCCAUGGUGUACCCAGGGAUGAUGCAGGUGCCUGGAUACCAGCCAGCCAUGGUGCCUGCACCCCUGCCCAUGAUGCCAGCCAUGGGCACAGUUCCCACCAUGCCAGCCAUGAUGGUGCCACCACAGCUGCAGCCACAGCUGCAACCUCUGCUUCCCAGCCUGGACACGAGGCAGCUGGCGGUCCAGCAGCAGAACUUCAUCAACCAGCAGGCGCUGCUCCUGGCCCAGCAGAUGACCACCCAGGCCAUGACCCUGUCCCUGGAGCAGCAGACCCAGCAGCGCCAGCGCCAAUCCCAGGCCCCCAGGGCUGCCUCCCAGACCCCCGGGGCUGCCUCCCAGGUCCCUGGGGCUGUCUCCCAGGCUCUACCCUCAGCUAUGACUUCCAAGCCCAGGAAGCCCCCCGCCCCUCGAGAGGAGCCAGAGCAUGACGUGGACUCAGUGGGUGCCUGCUUGAGGGAGACCUCAGAGGAGGCUGAAGACAGGUCCUGGUGGCCCGAGAGCUUCCAGCAGAAGCGGGACUAUUUCCAGAGGAUGGGCCAGCAGGAGAUCAAGGUGAAGGUGGUGAAGCCUCCGGCCAAGGUCCAGAUGCCCCGGGGGGAGGAGCCGGAGGAGCAAGAAGAGGAAACAGGAGCAGUGCUGUCCCCUCCUCCUCCCCCAGCGGUGAAGAAGCCCUGGAAAGGAGGCGAGGUCAGAGCUGCAAAAGAGGCCGAAGCUGAGCCCACCGGGAAGGCAGGGCCCGGUCCUGGCCGAGGGCCAGCGCAGGGCAGGGGGCCCGUGGUGCGCAGCUUGGAUCCCACGCCCCAGCGGCCAGAACCCAGCAGGGAAAUUCGCAACAUCAUCCGCAUGUACCAGAGCCGCCCGUCCCCUGUCCCUGUGCCUGUGCAGCCGUCCAGGCCCCCCAAAUCUUUCACGAGGAAAUAUGAUCCUAAGGACGAGGCUCUGGCCAAGUUGGGGAUCAACGGUGCCCACUCCCCGCCUCCGACACUGUCCCCCAGCCCAGGGAAGGGCCUCCCACCAGCUGUGGCUCCUCGACCCAAGGCCCCACCACAGCUUGGGCCCUCCAGCUCCAUCAAGGAAAAGCAGGAGCACCUUCGGGACGUGUUUGGCCGGAACCCGCCCACUGCCCAGGCACCCCCACCUCCACCAGCACCCCCACUGCCUCUGCCUGAGGACCCAGGGGCCCCUUCAGCUGAACCUCGAGGCUUGACGGAGCCCAUGGGGGACCAGGGGCUCUCUACCCAGCUACUCGCAUCCUCUGCUAGUGUGUGCUUCUCCUACGCCAGUGCAUCCUGGAAGUUGUUCCUACGCAAGGAGGUGUUCUACCCCCGGGAGAACUUCAGCCAUCCCUACUGCCUCAGGCUCCUCUGCCAGCAGAUCCUGCGGGACACCUUCGCCGAGUCCUGCAUCCGGAUCUCCCGGGAUGAGCGACGCAAAAUGAAGGACCUGCUGGGAGACUUGGAGGUGGGCCUGGACUCCCUUGACACUGCUGAAGACAGCGUUAAGAAGCGCAUUGUGGUGGCUGCACGGGACAACUGGGCCAACUACUUCUCCCGCAUCUUCCCUGCCUCGGGCGAGAGUGGCAGCGAUGUGCAGCUGCUGGGUGUGUCCCACCGGGGGCUGAGGCUGCUCAAGGUGACCCAAGGCUCCAGCUUCCACCCUGACCAGCUGAAGACACUCUGCUCCUACAGCUUUGCUGAGGUUUUGGGCGUGGAGUGCCGGGGCGGCUCCACCCUAGAGCUGUCACUGAAGAGCGAGCAGCUGGUGCUGCACACAGCCAGGGCAAGGGCCAUCAAGGCCCUGGUGGAGCUGUUCCUGAGUGAGCUCCAGAAGGACUCCGGCUACGUGGUGGCGCUGCGCAGCUAUGUCACAGACGACUGCAGCCUCCUCAGCUUCCACCGCGGCGACCUCAUCAAGUUGUUGCCGGGGGCCACACUGGAGCCAGGCUGGCAGUUUGGCUCUGCCGGGGGCCGUUCCGGACUCUUUCCUGCUGACAUAGUGCAGCCAGCUGCUGCUCCCGACUUUUCCUUCUCCCCGGAGCAGAGGAACAACAGGCACAAGAGGCAGCUGCAGCUUGGGGAGCCAGGGCUGGCUCAGUGGGACAGGGCCUCAGAGAGCCAGACACACAGUGAUGACUUGGAAGCCACCAGCCUGCCCUCCUCUGUGGCCUGCACCUCUCUAUCCACCGACUCUCACAACUACACCAUGCAGGAAUUUGCCCUGCGCUACUUCCGGAAGCCUCAGACCUCCAGGUGGCACAAGACUGGUGACAGUGCUAAGGAGAAGGCCACAGCCAGCCUGGUGCAGUAUACCAAGGCUCCCAUCCGGGAAUCACUCAUCAACCUCAGUGAUAAGGACAGAAGCAGGCAGGCUGUGGCAAGCUUCCAGACUCUGAUGCAGUUUAUGGGGGACCAGUCUAAGCCCCGAGGCAAGGAUGAUGUGGAUCUGCUCUAUGAGCUGCUGAAGCUGUGCCAAGAGAAGGACCUUAGGGAUGAGAUUUACUGCCAGGUCAUCAAGCAGGUCACAGGACAUCCCCGGCCGGAACACAGUGCUCGGGGCUGGAGCUUUCUCAGCCUCCUCUCAGGUUUCUUCCCCCCGUCAACCACUCUGAUGCCCUACGUGACUAAGUUCCUGCAGGAUUCAGGCCCCAGCCAAGAGCUGGCCCGGAGCAGCCAGGAGCACCUCCAGCGUACAGUCAAAUUUGGGGGACGCCAGCGGCUGCCCCCGCUGGGUGAAAUGCAGGCUUUCCUGAAAGGGCAAACAGGCCGUCUUCUUCUAAUUCACCUGCCUGGGGGCGUGGACUACAGCACGAAUAUCCAAACAUUCACGGUGGCAUCAGAAGUGCUGGAGGAGAUGUGCAGGCAGAUGGGCAUCACGGACCCCCAGGAAGUGCAGGAAUUUGCCCUCUUCCUCAGGAAAGGGGAAGGAGAGCUGGUGCGGCCCCUGUGGCCCCACGAGUACCUCAACAGCAUGCUGGUAGACAAGGACGUGAGCCUGUAUGGCCGGCGGCUCGGCUGGGAGACCCCGCUGCACUUUGAUAAUCCCAUCUACGUCAGCAUCCACUACAGCCAGGUGCUGCGGGACUACCUUCAAGGGAAGCUGGCGGCCAGUGCCCAGGCAGAUGCCCAACUCGCCAGGCUGGCUGCCCUGCAGCACCUCAGCAGAGCCAACAAGACCCCCCCUCCAGAGCAAGAGCUUCUGGAGUAUAUCCCGAAGCCUCUGCGAUGGCAAGUGGACGUGGCCACCAUAAAGAGUUUGAUGGGCCAGGAGCUGAGGCAGCUGCAAGAGCACAGCUCCCAGGAAGCACAGAUCAGCUUCCUUGAUGCCAUAGGCCAGCUGCCUCUCUUUGGCUACACCGUCUACGUGGCAGUGCGAGUGAGUAAGCUGGCCCUGCCGGGACCCUUCCUCCUGGGGCUUAACCGCCAGCACCUCAUCCUCACGGACCCUGGAUCCCAGAUGCUGUGCUGCUCCAUUGCCCUGAAGGACCUGCAGCGGCUCCACCUGCAGAGCCCACUGGAGGAGGAGGGGUCCCCUUGCCUGGAACUCAACUACAGCUCAGCUGAUGGCCCUCAGACCAUCUGGUUUGAGUUGCCACAGGCCCAGGAGCUGCAGCACACCAUCGUCUUCCUACUGGACAACAGCACCUCCUCCAGUCUGUAGUCUAGGCCUCAACUGAGAGGAGUCUGGGAAGAGUGCAGACAGGAAGAGGCCUCUCUCCGGCCCAAGUGUCACCCAGACAGUCCACCUUGGAUGUUGUCAGGUCAUCCUGGUUUGGACUUCACCGCUUGGCUGUGUUCUGGAACCUGCCACAGCACAGCCCAGCUGGCCCAAGUGGAGGUCAUAAGGCAGGGGCUGCUAUAGUGACAUCAACUGGGAAAGACAGUAGCCAGGCUCCCUCUGGGGGGACUGGGCCCAGGGUGCAGGCUGCAGGAACUCGGGUUGGGCAGCUGAUACUGCCCAGUCUGGGGGAGAUGCCUGCCUGGCCCCAGGCACCUGCCUAGGCUCAACAUCAGCAUGAGCCCAGGCCUGGGAGAAGCAGCUGCUGAGGAAAUAAAACUUCCGAGAGAAAA